AUGCUGCGCUUGCUGGUGUUCGCCUCUCUCGUCCUUUAUGGACACGGCACCCAGGACUUUCCAGAAACCAACGCCCGGGUAGUUGGAGGGACUGCGGUCUCGAAGAAUUCUUGGCCCUCUCAGAUUUCCCUUCAGUACAAGUCUGGAAGUUCCUGGUAUCACACCUGUGGUGGCACCCUCAUCAAACAGAACUGGGUGAUGACAGCUGCUCACUGUGUGGAUAGCCAACUGACCUUCCGUGUGGUGCUGGGAGAACACAACCUGAGCCAGAACGAUGGCACUGAGCAGUACAUCAGCGUGCAGAAGAUCGUGGUGCACCCGUCCUGGAACAGCAAUAACGUGGCUGCAGGUUACGACAUCGCAGUGCUGCGCCUGGCCCAAAGUGCUACCCUCAACAGCUAUGUCCAGCUGGGUGUUCUGCCACAGUCAGGAACCAUCCUGGCUAACAACACGCCCUGCUACAUCACAGGCUGGGGCAGGACUAAGACCAAUGGGCAGCUGGCCCAGACCCUGCAGCAGGCUUACCUGCCCUCCGUGGACUACGCCACCUGCUCCAGCUCCUCCUACUGGGGCUCCACCGUGAAGACCACCAUGGUGUGCGCUGGAGGAGACGGAGUUCGUGCUGGAUGCCAGGGUGAUUCUGGGGGCCCCCUUCACUGCUUGGUGAAUGGCCAGUAUGCUGUCCAUGGUGUGACCAGCUUUGUAUCCAGCCUGGGCUGUAAUGUCGCCAAGAAGCCCACAGUCUUCACCCGGGUCUCUGCUUACAUCUCUUGGAUAAAUAAUGCCAUUGCCAGCAACUGA